AUGGUUUCAAACAAUGCCGUUCCGAUGAAGUUAGAAAGUUCUGACAGAAGAUAUGUAGUUGUCAGAACGUCAGAUUCUCAUAUGCAAGAUACAGAAUAUUUUGACGACUUAGCAGAAACUUUGACACCUAACUUUUACAACCACUUGUUCUCAUAUUUCAUGACAUUAGAUAUUUCUAAGUUCAAUCCAAGACAAAUUCCAUAUACCGAAGAGAGACAAACAUUGUUAGAAGCAAACAAGAGUGUAUAUGAACUGUUCAUAGAUGAAACUGACUUUGAGUGUUUAGAUGAAAGGUCAUUGUACGAUUCGUAUAAACAAUAUUGUCAAGAGUAUGGUUAUAUGACAGCGUCUAAACGAACAUUCUUGGCAAAUGUCAAAAGUCUUUUAGAUGUUCAGAAUGGUGUAUAUACAAAGAAAAAUUUUUCUGAGUAA